AUUCUUUCAUUCUUUUUGUUUGCUUUUUGAGAAUCACAGCAAGUAUUCGAGUUAAAUUAAAUGUGCGUGUUGGGAUGGAUUUAGUUCGGCAUUUAGCACCAGCUUAUUACUCAAGCUGUGUCUAACUAGUAAGACAUCUUAACAUGGUCCCCGAAGACUGAGGCGAAUUCAACUCAACUCUUUCCAGAAACAUUUCUCUGUGUCGUCUUGAACUUGUGUGAGAGUUUGACAAAAGAUAAUUUGAACUUUAAGCCGGAACUAAGUUUUGCCAACGUUUUACUCAGGUUUUACCAAAUUUUAAACCAUUCAAAUAUUUUUUUCCAACGUUGGGUAAGAACCUAGCUUUAACUGCAGAGUAACCAAUAACUGUAAACCAACUCAAAAUUCGGAUCAAUAUUUUUACCUUAACUAUGGAAGCGAACAAAACGGUCGCGGUCGCGAUGAUGAACACAUCUGAUGAGAAGAUUUAUCAAAUCUGCACGGCAAUUUUCACCGACUCGAUUAAGAUUCGAAAGGCAAAGAGAGUUCUUGCACUCAGCCCGCGCCAAUACACACUUGUAAGUUCAAACUCUUCAUGGUCUGAACAUAAACGCGGCUUGAGACGUCAUUUGGAUCGAACUCCACUGGAUACAACUGAUUUUCAUUCUCUUUUAAUUUUACAAACUUCAAUAAUUUCACGAUAG